AUGGCCAUCAGCAUUGAGGAGCUCGACACCACGGUCCGCGCCUUUUACGAAGGUCGUGGUGACCAGCAAAAAGCCGCGCAGAAUGCCUUAAACCAGUUCAAGGAAGACCCCGAUGCCUGGCUCAUGGUCGACAAAAUUCUUUCUGAUGCCCAGUACCCGCAGACGAAAUAUCUCGGCCUUCAGGUUCUCGAUAAUGUUAUCCUGACGCGAUGGAAGGUGCUGCCCCGCGACCAGUGCCAGGGCAUCCGCAAUUUCAUUGUCCAGUUUAUUAUCCAGUCCUCCAACACCGAGGAGUCUCUGCAAUCCAACAAGACCCUCCUCAACAAGCUCAACCUCGUUCUUGUUUCCGUCCUCAAGCAAGAAUGGCCCCACAACUGGCCGACGUUCAUCAACGAAAUCAUCUCAUCCUGCCACUCCAGUCUAUCCAUUUGCGAGAACAACAUGAUCAUUCUGCGUUUGCUAUCCGAAGAAGUAUUUGACUACUCUGCAGAGCAGAUGACCUCGGCCAAGACGAGAAGCAUGAAGCAGACCAUGUGCGCCGAAUUCUCGCAGAUUUUUCAGCUCUGCCAGGAAGUUCUCAACACGGCCGACCAGCCUAGUCUCAUCAUGGCUACUCUCCAGACCUUGCUCGCCUUUUGCAACUGGAUCCCACUUGGCUACAUCUUCGAGACCCCCCUCAUCGAGACUCUGCGAACCCGUUUCCUGCCGACCCCAGAGUUUCGAAAUGUCACCUUGCAGUGCCUAACUGAGAUUGGCGGUCUGCAGACUGGUGGCCCCGGCCAGCCAAACUCGUACGAUGAGCAGCUUGUCAAGAUGUUUACCGAAGUUCUCACAACGAUUGCUGAAAUCAUCCCCAUGUCUCUCGACUUGAAAUCUACAUACCCCAGCAGCAACUCUAGGGAUCAGCAAUUCAUACAGAAUCUUGCUCUGUUCCUCUGCAACUUUUUCGGAGCCCAUCUCAACCUUAUUGAGAAACUUCCCAACCGGGAUUAUCUGUUGCACGGACACUACUACCUCGUCAGAAUAUCACAGAUCGACGAUCGCGAGAUUUUUAAAAUUUGUCUCGACUACUGGCUGAAGCUUGUGCAGGAGCUCUACGAGGAGAUGCAGCAGCUGCCUAUCACCGACCUGAACCCCCUCCUCGCUGUCGGCGGUGGCAUUUCUGGUGGCGGCGCGCCCAACCCCUCGCUUCUCACGAGCUACCCUCUCCGCAAACACAAGUACAACGAGGUGCUAUCGAACCUACGAGUUGUCAUGAUCGAGAAAAUGGUCCGUCCCGAAGAAGUUCUGAUUGUUGAAAAUGACGAGGGUGAGAUUGUUCGCGAAUUCGUAAAGGAAAGCGACACUGUUCAACUAUACAAGACAAUCCGCGAAUGUCUGGUCUAUCUUACCCACUUAGACGUGGUCGAUACCGAAAAUAUCAUGACUGAGAAGCUGGCGCGCCAGGUCGACGGCACCGAGUGGUCGUGGCAUAACUGCAAUGUUCUCUGCUGGGCCAUUGGCUCCAUUUCGCUGGCCAUGAACGAAGAGACGGAGAAGCGAUUCCUCGUUACUGUCAUCAAGGAUCUCCUUGGUCUCACCGAGAUGAAACGCGGCAAGGACAACAAGGCGGUUGUCGCCAGUAAUAUCAUGUACAUUGUUGGUCAGUACCCUCGCUUCCUCAAGGCUCACUGGAAGUUUCUCAAGACAGUUGUGAAUAAGCUGUUUGAGUUCAUGCACGAGUCCCAUGAGGGUGUACAGGACAUGGCUUGCGAUACUUUCAUCAAGAUUGCGCGGCAAUGCAGACGCCACUUUGUCGCUCUGCAGCCCAUGGAGCAGGAGCCUUUCAUCGAGGAGAUCGUCCGUAACAUGGGCCGCAUCACUUGUGAUUUGACUCCUCAGCAAGUACAUACAUUUUACGAGGCCUGUGGCUAUAUGGUCGCUGCCCAAGGUAAUAAGCAUCAGCAGGAGCGUCUUCUUUCCGAUCUGAUGAGCAUCCCCAAUGCCGCUUGGGACGAGAUUAUCAAGCAAGCUACCUUGAACCCCUCGAUUCUGCAAGACUCGGAAACCAUCAAGGUCAUCGGCAACAUCAUGAAGACAAAUGUGUCGGCGUGCACUUCUAUCGGACCAUACUUCUACCCCCAGAUUGGUCGCAUUUAUCAUGACAUGCUACAAAUGUACCGCGCUACAAGUACAUUAAUAUCCGAAGCUGUCCAGCGCGACGGCGAACUGGCUACCAAGAUGCCGAAGGUUCGCGGUCUCCGCACCAUCAAGAAGGAGAUUCUCAAGCUCGUUGAGACGUACAUCGACAAGGCCGAGGACCUCCAAGCUGUUCGUGCCCAGAUGAUUCCGCCGCUGCUUGACUCUGUCUUGAUUGACUACAACCGCAACGUCCCUGGCGCCCGCGAUGCCGAAGUGCUCAAGGCCAUGUCCGUUGUGAUCACCAAGCUCUCCAAUUUGAUGGAAGACCAGGUCCCCACCAUUAUGGAGAAUGUCUUCGAGUGCACGCUGGAGAUGAUCAACAAGGACUUUUCCGAGUUUCCUGAGCACCGUGUCGAAUUCUUCAACCUGCUUCGUGCCAUCAACUUGCAUUGCUUUCCUGCUCUGCUUAAGCUUGACAACAACCAGUUCAAGUUUGUCAUUGACUCGUGCUCGUGGGCAUUUAAGCACGACAAUCGCGAUGUCGAAGCUGCUGGUCUCAACAUGUGUUUGGAGCUCAUCACCAACAUUGCCGAAAAGACAGAUACUGCCACCGCCAAUGCUUUCUUCCAGCGUUUCUUCGUGACGAUUCUCCAGGACGUGCUUUUCGUAGUCACUGACAAUGACCACAAAGCAGGCUUCAAGACACAGUCCAUGCUGCUGAUGAAGCUAUUUUACUAUAUUCAACCCGGUGAUGGCAGUCAACCCAAGAUCCAAGGUCCCAUAUAUACCGAGGGUCAGGCUCAAGUGGGAACUAGUAACAGGGAGUUUUUGGGCAACUCGGUUGCUCAGCUCUUGCAGAGAGCCUUCCCCAACUUACAGGCUGCCCAGAUUACAAACUUUGUCGAGGGUCUCUUUAGCCUAAACACGCAGUACGAUAAAUUCCGUCUGAACUUGCGAGACUUUCUCAUUUCGCUCAAAGAGUUUGCCGGUGACAACGCCGAGCUUUUCAUUGUGGAAAAGGAGCAGCAAGAACGUGAUGCCAAGGCAGCCGACAUGGAGAGACGACAAAAGGUUGGCGGUCUGCUGAAGCCGUCAGAGCUGGACGACGAAGAACUGUGA